AUGGACCCACCGCCUCACCAUCUGCAGUUUAACAAUCUAUGGGCUGCCUAUCAACCAGCCCCGCUGCCCGAGUUAUUGCCUGUGCCGGACUAUCAUCAGCAGCAGCAAUACUUCAGCAAUAGUCUAUCGAAUAGUCCGACUCCAUCAGCAGCAUCCUCACAUCUAUCCUCCCCGACCCUCUCCACCCGCGAAGAAACAAUCCACUCCCUCCACGAAGCCCGCAAACAAAAACGUCGAGAACAGAACAAAGCAGCACAACGCAAAUUCCGCCUCAGAAAAGAACAAACCGAAGUCCAGCUCCGCACCGACCUCGUCGACGCAGAGAAGCACCUCGAAGACCUGCGGAAAGACAACAGCCGGCUUUUGCAGGAACUCUGCUCGAUCCGGAGGGAGAAUCUGGUUUGGCGGGCGAGGCAGGGGGAGGGGGAUGGGAUGGGGGAGAAAGGGGAUGAGAUGAGGGAGCUGGAGGCGAUGGAGCGGAGGUUAGGGGAGGGGGCCGGGGCGGGGUCGGGGUCUGGGAAGAGUUGA